AUGGACGAAGAAAUGGGAGGAUUUACUCAUGAUGAUUUAAUCAUACCGCCUGUGAAAUAUGAGUAUUUGGAUCAUACUGCAGAUGUACAGCUACACGCGUGGGGUGAUAGUCUUAAGGAAGCGUUUGAGCAAUGCGGUAUGGCGAUGUUUGGCUAUAUGACAGAUUUGGCCUACGUUCAGAUUAAAGAAGUUCACACGAUUGAGGCAAAUGCUGAUGACAUGAUGGGUCUGCUCUAUCACUUCCUCGACGAACUGCUGUAUCUUUUCUCAGUGGAACCGUUCUUAAUAUGUAAGAAGCUAGUUAUAACAGAGUUCAAUACGGAGGAGUUCCGGAUAGUAUGCAAGUGUUACGGAGAGGAGUUUCAAAUUGGGAAACAUCCGCAAGGUUCAGAAGUGAAAGCCAUCACAUACUCAGCUAUGCAAAUUGUUGACGAACCUAAAGAUAAUAGAUUUGAAGUUUUUGUUAUUAUUGAUAUUUAA